AUGAAUCCAACUCCUCCGCCGUAUGAGGAGGUUCCUCGGAGCAAAUUGUUGCCUGGGGGCACCCAUGAAUCACAUCAGCAUUUGUUACCACCUUCGCCAUCACCAGACCUCCUGUCUUCAAAGGUUGAUGGUUCGAGUUUCGAUGACUUCCGCCGAAUGUCAUCGAGUCCAUCUCCAUGCCCUUCGCCAAUACCUCUAAGACACUUCUCACAACAAGGAGCCGAUCUGCCAACCGAAACUCCACCGUCGAAAUGGAGGCAGUUCUGGGUAAAGAAUAAGCCCGCUGCCUACGUUGCUCUAUCGCAGUUCUUCGGGGCUCUGAUGAAUCUCAGUGCUCGUUUAGUCGAACUCGAAGGCGACGGCAUGCAUCCCGUUCAGGCCCUACUUAUGAGACACUCCAUCACAGCACUAUUCUGUUCGGCUUAUAUGUGGUGGAACAAAACCCCCGACUUUCCCUUUGGAAAGAAAGAGAUCCGAUGGCUGUUGUGGUUGCGAGGAGCAAGUGGUUUCUGGGGUAUUUUUGGCGUUUGGUAUUCGAUGAUGUACAUCUCGCUCGCUGAUGCUACUGUUAUCACAUUCUUGGCUCCUGGUGUUGCAGGUUUUAUCUGUUGGUUUGCUCUUCGUGAGCCUUUCACUAGGAUCGAGCAACUGGCUACGCUGGUUGCUCUUCUAGGUGUUGUACUUAUUGCUCGACCUGCCUCACUAUUCUCGGGCUCUGAUGAUGACAAGUCGACUACCGAGCCGCCCGAGGCUAGUGGUAUACCAGGUAUUGACCAUGAAGCGACCCCUGAGGAGCGCUUGAUAGCUGUUGGUAUAGCCCUUUUGGGUGUUCUAGGAGCAGCUGGCGCCUUCACGACCCUCCGAACCAUCGGGAAACGAGCACAUCCUCUCAUCUCGGUCAACUAUUUUGGUAUCAUCUCGACUUUCAUCGCUCUAUCCAUGCUCAUCUUUGCCCCUAUCCUCGAUAUUCAGCAACCAGGUUUACGAUGGGUCACCCCAACCACAGUCAGGCAAUGGGUACUCCUGCUACCCCUGGGUGUUCUGGGAUUCAUCAUGCAGUAUCUCCUCACGGCAGGCCUCGGGGCCGACAAGUCAAACCGUGCUAACUCCAUGGUUUACACGCACAUGCUUUUCGCCGCAAGCUUCGAUCGAUGGGUUUUUGGACACAGAAUGGACUUCAUUAGCGGUGCAGGAUGUACUCUUAUUCUAGGAAGCGCUAUUGGUGUCGUCAUGCUCAAGAAACCACCAGCCGCAAAACAGCCUUUGGAUGAUGUCGAGAGACAUGGUAAUCUGGAGGGUGAGAUGGAGGGCUCACCCAUGCUUGUGCCCGAUUCAGGGGCUUCAGAGGAACUGAGGCUUUCGAGAUAA